GACUGUGGUGUUCCGUGACUUUCUGUUCCUUCCGAGAUUUUACAAUUUCCAAUCUAGGUUUACGUUGAUCUUAGUUUGUUAUGUUGGAGGAGAAAAUGAAGUCUAGGGUUAAUUAAUUAAUACGUUGUAGUUGCUUAUCAAGCUUACUCGUGGAAAUAAUAAAUGUAAAUACAAUAUAUUUCGAAGUUUAAAAUCAUUGUUAGGUUUAGGUUUAUUUUACCCUUUACACUAAGAAACUGAAUUGGAAAAGCAAUUGAAAAUGAACAACUCGGUUACAAGCUAUGGUGCAAACACAUUCCCAAAAAUAAACGAACAAGCAUUUCAACAGCUUGAUUUGUCUGGAAAAUUAAUAAUCAAGGUUCAACUAGGAGAUGAUGUACGACGAAUACCCAUUCAUAAUGAGUCAAUUACUUAUGAUGAGUUGGUAUUGAUGAUGCAAAGAGUGUUUAGAGGGAAACUAUCCAGUACUGAUGACAUCACUAUUAAAUAUAAAGAUGAAGACGGAGAUCUCAUUACAAUAUUUGAUAGUUCAGACCUCUCGUAUGCGGUGCAAUAUAGUCGUGUACUCAAGCUGACAUUGUUCAUCAACAAUCCGGAGAAUGUUAGUCGCCUGUAUCAGGCGUUAGAGGUACGACAAGUGCAGAAAGAGCUGAGGAGGAUCCGGGAUCAAGUGAACCACCUGCUGGACCUCAUUGACUCCCGGGACCCAGAAGUCUCCAGCUCUACUGCUGACAAAAGAGGGCGUGAUGAUCGCGACCGCGAUUAUGACCGGGAGAGGGGGAGGAGCAGUUCCAAGAGACAUAAGUGGAACUCGAACCGCCCCCCUUGGCAGAGAGGGAAUGAGCGGGACAAGGAUGGACGACACAGUUCUAAAGAGUUUGACCCAUUACAGAAAGAUGAAAAGAAAGAGAUGUGUGAAGAAGAAAAAGAAAAAAAUGAGACUGAGAUGAAGGAGAAGGAUACUAAGGAGAACCUAAACAAGGCCGAUCAGCAGGUGCUGCAGGCGCAAACAGAAGCUCAGCGUGCACUGAUAGCUCAGCAGCAGGCGAUGGCGGCAGCACAACAGCAUGCUGCAGCACAGCAGGCAGCGGCUGCUCAGCAACACCAGGCCAUGACUCUGGCUGCAGCACAGAUGGGUCUGCCUCCUCAACAGCAGGUGGCCGGGUUUUGUGACACCACAGCAGUAUGGUGUGGCUGCACAGCAGAUGAUGGGUGUGCCACAGCAAGGCUACGUGUAUCCACAGUUCACUCCUGCAGGAUAUCAAGCCUCACAACAAGCAGCCGCUGCCGCCGCCAUGGGUUCUCGCUUCUCUGCCCAACCCUCCCCUACCCCCACCAACCCUUACAGCAAGUCUGGAGGCUCAAACUUUAGAUCUUAGUGGAUCUUCAUUCCAAGAGAGAGUGUUUAAUUCCAUCAGAUUUGAAGUAUCAGUUGAGUAUUUUAAGGCGAAAGAUUUCAAGGGAAGACGAUAUUUUUAGUUAUUCAUUAUGAUGUGAGCACUUACAUGUUAUGAAUAGAACUCUACUUAACUCUCACACUGGCAGUCUUUUUAAUUUCUACUGGUAUUCCUUUCUUACCACUUCCAUAUAUUUUGUAGAGUUGUUAUGUACAACAAAACACUUAAUAUUAAAUUAAACAACCAGUAAUUACCAAUGACUGAUUGUAUAAAAGUACAGUGGUUAUAGCCAAAUGAUCAGGGUUUUCUAGAUAAUCCUUUGGUGUUGUCACUACUUUUAAGUAUUUUUCCCCCUAUUGCAUCCAUUUUAGCCAUAACUCGUUUGUGAAAAUAAGUCUUGCGUUAAAAUCAUAGCUUUGAAUACAAUUUUAAAAAUACAUUAAACUAUAACAAAAUUUAAAAAGAUAGUAUAAUUUAUUUAAUAAACAAAUUAUUAAAAAUUAAUAACUAAUUUACAAUUAUGCUUUAUGUACUAGAAUGUUAUCUGAUGACUUGAAAGGAGAUCAUGCUGUGGACUGUGUAGACAUUAAAUUGUUUUGCUUCAGACUUUAAUUUAAUCAAUGAGAUCUUUUUUUGAAUUUCAAGUGUCUGCAAUGAGAAGUAAUGGAUGGCGUUGCCAGUAUGGAAGCAAUAUUGAGACCUGAUAUACUCUGAGUGCCAGCUUGAGAUUUCAAAUAGUAGUUCAAUAAUCAGUUUAGUAUUUCUUAAAAAAUGAAUUCACAGAUUAGGUUAAUUAGUUAAUCAAAAUAAAAUUGAUCACUAUAUUAUAAAAUAAAUACAAGAAAUUGUUUGAUGAAUCAACUUUGUAUUAUGUAAUAACAAACUCAAUAUUAUUUAUUAUACUUUAGAUAAAUGUAACAAAUUAGUUCAUGUUAUAUAAGCAGGAUAGAGGGUGAAAUUUAGUGAUCAGGUUAUUGUAUGAAAAAUUUAUUAAAGUUGCAACUUAUGUUAAAUUAAUUUUUGCCUUGAAUUAGAAGUAUUGUUAUGUUAUUGUAUACAUAAAGUAAAGAUUUCUAAUAACAAAUUAUGAUCAAUAUAUUGAGAUAGUGGGAUGGAUAAUUACUCAAUUGUAUCUUUAUUUACUUUAAUACCUUAUUUAAAAUUAAGUAAAGAAAAAGUCAAUGUUAUAAAAUUUUAGCUUAGAGUAUACAACAUUCAGGUUUGUUGACAUGUAAAGAAUAAUUUUGAACAUCAAUAAAUUGUAAAAAUAUUAUUAAUGUGCAGUAUAAGCUAUUCUGUAUAUACGUUACUUUACUAGGGCAGUUUUCAUGAUUUUAGUAUUAAAAAUGCAUAAAAAUUAGAAAACUGUUCAACAAUCACAGGUCUUUAUUGAACAUUUUUUUAUACUAAAAACCUCUUCUUGCCUUGAAAAGUGCACAAUGUAUAUUUUAUGUGAUGGAUCUUGAGUGUGUCUCUUGAGUUUUGAUGGAUACAACUAAAUUUAAACUAUGUAUUUUCUCAUGUUCCAAUAAGUAUUGUAAUAAAAUAGUAUCCAAUUGAAA